AUGGCUCAUAAAGUCUACACAGUCACGCGUACCGAUUACGAAAAUGAUACCGAUCACAAAGGCUCGCUUGAGGUCAUUGGCGUCUACGCGAGCCUUGACUCUGCGAACAAAGCUGCCAGAAGACACCGACGCAAAGAAGCGAAGCAUGGUCGUUGCGACGAGGUCGAUGAGCAUGUGAAUCAGUCCGGAGAGUACAGCUGCACUGUGCACACGGGCGAAGAUGAUCGCGACCGCUUCGACGUUGACGUGACCGAGCAGCAGCUUGAAGGCCACGUCCCACGCGCUUCCACACCUGUCACCACUUCGAUCGCCUUGCCGCCCGCUGCUCAUGGAGCGAACGGGCCAAUCCAUUCUGUCUUUGGACCUAUGAUGACAGUGCCUAUUGGCAUUCCUGGAGCUCUGCAAGGCAAAUUCUUCACCCUUGCAGGCGACCUAUGGACGAUGAGUCGAAGAAGCUUCUACAACACUGUCAAGAUCUAUGGCGGCAUUUGCCCGAACUAUCAUGAGGAGGCAGACUACGUUGUCGUUGGCGCCAAUACUCCUCACCAUGAACUCGCCUGUACAAGGCCACAUACCAUGUCGAAGGCUUCCGCAUUCUUGAAGAUGGCAUUGACGGAUGGCUGA